UUAGUAAGCGAGCGAGUAGAGCUUGUCUAUGAGCAAUGGAUUGAUUGCGAGAGAGCGAAUUUCUACGGCGCUAGAUCCGGUGCCACAUGGAAGAGCUCAGCAUGUGGAGGUCCAUGGCUUCCGAGGAGGGUAUGGACGCCUUCGUGCCUUCUUCAUCGAUGUACACUUUGUAAUUUGAUAGAAGUAAAUUUUGAGACGAGACUUUCGGGGACCGUGGCUCGGUGGCGCAGACAACUGUUUGCCCCCUCCGAGUCGGGGUGUCCCACCGAAAGACCGUCCAUGGAAAUUGUAUAUAAAGAGUCGCCUUUGUCACUUUCUUGCAAAUGCUCAAAAAGUCGGUGGAGAGUGGACAUUUGCUCGUCGAGGACGAUGGAUGUCCUCCACUGCAGCUGCUGCAGACGAGCUUGCUGCCACUGUUUGGCAGACUCGUCCACCCAUCGACCGAGAGAGUGGGUCCCUUACGCUUCACACGAUCGAAUUGGUCGCAGGUGCUCGCGGACAUCGGUAACGGCUGCAGUUGUGCUCCGAGAGCAACAACCAGUGAUGGAUGGGGUGCUGAUGUGCACGAGACGCUCGUGUCAUUUCGAAUUGUCUCGAUAUAGCCAAUCGAUGACGACAGCUACACGGAUGCCUCAGAUUGGAUGCCAGAGAACGACCUCCCUCGUUCGGAGAAGAAAUCAACGACCCCGAUGGCUGCGGGCGAGUCGUUGAAGGGUGUCGUCCCUUCCUCUUUUGUUGUAUUGCAUGUCCAAGAGACUUCUCCUUUCGUUGUGUACAUGGGAGAGAACGGAAUUGGCAGUUCAGACCUGUCACUCAAACUGAAGCAAUCGGUUAGUCGAAAGCUUCCCUUUUCCCGCCGUACACUUUGCAUCGCAUGUGCGGGGGCGGGUCUUCUUGUCCCCUGUCGUUGAUGCUCGUGCUCGACGCCUGUCGUCAGCAUGUGAACGAGUCAAUGGCUGCGGAAAGCGGGUUUACGGUGGUACGGUACAGAGUCUACAGAGAACAGAUCGAAUACAUGACGAUGAGUGGUAGAGUGUCGUAGAUCGUAGCCCUAGAAAGAAUGAUGCCGGGAGAUAAAGUGCCAUCACUCCUGAGACGAAUUCCAAAUUAUGCUUAGGCUUUAGGAAGGUGCAAUUAUCUUCAGACAUGUUUUCUUGGAAUUUGGAAUGUGGCAGGUCAGAAAGAAUGAGUGAAAUCGACGGAUUCAGGAGGCCAUCAAGAUUAGAGGAAUCGAGUUACUCAGUCAACAACGUCAAAAGAGACAGAGCAUGACCGAAUACCUCGACGAAGUAUAGUGAGCAAACGUGCUUAUCGUGUGGAGUGAAUUGAUCAAACUCGAAGCAUUACUUGCAAAGACCAUGCUUAGAGUCGCUAACCGAGUCGUUGCAAGCCAUUUUCAUUUUUAGAAAUUGAUCUCAGCACUUCAUCGGUAAAGUGGAUGCGAAGAUGUUCUGUAAUGUAAGUAAUAUACAGAGUAAGGUCAAAGCAACUGGUUUCCGAGAGCGACCCUUACAUUCGCAGCAAUGCGUAGCCCUAAGUGAGCAACUCGAGAAACAGGCAAGCGGCUAUCGAACCUCAAGGAAUCAUGACAACACCAACAGUUUCUUCAUAUAGCAUAUAUUACACUAUAUUGCCUGGGCAGCUACAUAGGUAGGCAGUUGACCUUCCUGGGCUGCUCCAUAUCGUAGGACUCUCACAUUCAUCCAUCACAUGAACAGCACCGUUGUCUUGCCCUGAUAAAGGAUGGCAGGUGCACGCGGACACAAAAAACGAUGGGUGUGUCGACCGAUUUGGCUAUCCUGUCACAUUCGUCGAUAUAGUUGAUUCGCAUCACAGAAUGAUUAAAAACCAAAAAAACAACUGAGUCCAUAUUGUCCGUGCCACUAGAUGGAGCAUGAAAACAGAUCGGGAUCUGCCAUCAAAUCUCUACAUCGCCAUUGUUUCAUAAUUCGCGACAACUCGUUACCAAUCGUGUCAUG